GCUGGGAGCUUGAGACACCUCAGACGGACGGUGGCUGGGGAUCGGACCGCGUCCACGGCCAGCGAGCCCGGGACGCGCUCAGCUCGCCAUGGCCCGGUUCUUCCGAGCCUCCUGCCUCCUCUCCCUGCUCCUGGCCGGCUUCGUCCCGCCGGGCUGGGGACAAGAGAAAUCGAGGACUGACUGCCAUGAUGGCGUGAGCGGCACCAUCUACGAGUACGGGGCCCUCACCAUUGAUGGAGAGGAGUACAUCCCCUUUAAGCAGUACGCUGGCAAAUACGUCCUCUUUGUCAAUGUAGCCAGCUACUGAGGUUUGACAGACCAAUACAUUGAACUGAAUGCACUACAAGAAGAACUUGCACCAUUUGGUCUGGUCAUUCUGGGCUUCCCUUGCAACCAAUUCGGAAAACAGGAGCCAGGAGAGAAUUCAGAGAUCCUACCCAGCCUCAAGUACGUCCGGCCUGGUGGGGGCUUCGUCCCUAAUUUCCAACUCUUUGAGAAAGGCGACGUGAAUGGGGAGAAGGAGCAGAAGUUCUACACUUUCCUAAAGAACUCCUGCCCUCCCACCGCGGAGCUCCUGGGUUCGCCCGGCCGCCUCUUCUGGGAGCCCAUGAAGGUCCAUGACAUCCGCUGGAACUUUGAGAAGUUCCUGGUGGGGCCCGAUGGCAAACCCGUCAUGCGCUGGUACCACCGCACCACCGUCAGCAACGUCAAGAUGGACAUCCUGGCUCACAUGAGGCAGCAGGCAGCCCUGAGGGCCCAGGGGAAGUAACAGCCCCGACCCCGCCCCGCCCACCACGCAGGGAUGCUCUUCAGGAGGGAACCCCCAUUUCCAGCCACAUCCUACCACCAUAGACCACCCCGCCCUUUCUUCUUUUUUUACUACCCAAGUCCCCACCCUGGCACAAUGCAUGCACACAAUUGCGUAUACCACUGUGCUUGUGGGCAUCUGCACACGAGCCUCCAAUGUGUGACCAUGUGUGUGCAUGCACACGAGGAAACAGCCAAGCCUUACCUGUUGGAGCGCCCGAGGUGGUGUACCAUGCACCUGGGCUGUGUGCAGGCUGACCCAUGGUCCUUGCUCUCCAUUUCUCUGUUCCAAUAAAACCAUUUACUUUCACCAGACCCCCAAGAAAAAAAAACUAGCAGCACUACGUUCAACUGGACUUCAACCUUGGGGUCAACUGCCUCAAUGGUACCACUCAAGUCCUCCCUGACACUGCCCAGCCUCUUUCCUUCCUGAAGAGCCCCCCCCUUGCCCCCCUCCACCCCCUAGCCCUAUCCCAUAGUGCUCCCUGAGAUCAGCCAAGGCAGAUGUGAGAGUGAGGACCACGUACCCUGGGUCAGGCGUGGCAUCUCCAUGAGGGAGGGGCCCGAAGCCCUGGUGGGCGGGCCUCCCCUGAGCCUGUCUGUGGGGCCAGCCCUUAGUGCAUUCAGGCUGACACCCUUGGGCAGGGAUGCCACCCCGGCCUUCUGAGGAUGUGCCCUCUCCUCUCACCCUGUCCACUGGCACUUCUCACACCUGUCUGCCCAGUAAAGGCCUUUCUAUAGCA